AUGACGGCAUUGUAUAACCUGCCCGGGAGCGCUUUCUUCCUCGCGAUAUACGCUGCCGCAGUGCUUCCUCAACUUUAUUUCGGCAUUCGUUACAAGACGUGGGGAUUUUUGGUCGCCAUGAUCUUGGGCCUCGUGCUAGAAAUUAUAGCCUACGUGGCCAGAAUCAGACUACACGACGGUCAAGACACAUACCGACAGUACAUUGUGACAAUCACCAUCGGGCCUGCCUUCUUCAGCGCCGCCUUGUACCUCAGCCUGGCGCGCAUUAUCCCCGUCUUUGGCGCCUCCAACUCUCGUCUCCAGCCGCGCACCUACACCAUCGUCUUCAUCCUGUGCGACUUUGUCGCUCUGUUGCUACAGGCUACCGGCGGCGGCCUCGUGGCCGGCAGUGAUCCGCUGGACCAGGAGACCUUUGACGCCGGGCUCGGAGUCCUGCGCGCCGGUCUCGCCUUUCACGUCGCCGGCAUGCUUGCAUUCGUCCUCCUGGCGUCCGACUACGCCUGGUCAGUGUGGAAGAACCGAAAUGCCACGUCCAAGGAUGUCGACGGUGAAUUUCUACAGUUACGCUCCACGAAAAGAUUUCGCAUCUUCAUCUUGGGUAAGGGUUUCAGUCUGAUGUGCCUUUACGCGUCUUGA